GUGUCACACAUCGCUUCUAGUCGAACUCAGUCGAAAAAGUACACAGGUGUUCGGGAAUUUGAAGUGUAUUUUGUAACUAUUUUACUACAUAAUGGAGGAAUUUCAAGUUCCAUGAGAUAUGUAGAGAAUUUGCAAUAAAUCGAGACUUCAUCAAGGACCAAACCGACGAUGGAUUUGUUGUUUUAUGUGAUAAUAAUAGUUGUUAUAGUUCUCAAGCUCAUCUUCUGGAUAUUUUACUUCUAUGCAAGAAAUCGAAGACGGCAACUGUCUCUAGCAUUGAGACAGCAGGCACAACCGGCUCCUCAGGGUCGCCAAUUUGAGGAGGAACCUGCAGUUCCACAGCCAGCAUAUGUUUUUACUGAGUAUCCAUUUGGACUAGAUGAUGCACCAGCUACCUUUCAAGUUCCUCCUGUUUAUUCAGAGGAAGAUCCUGUCAAACGGGAUGAGCCUCCACCUCCAUAUGUGAAUGAUGAUGAUACAGAAGGACUCAUAGAGAACCAGGAAAAUUGACAUUAAAAGUGUAGAUAUGGAAGAGUUUGUAUAUAUACACAUCUUGUAAUUUUGUCACUAGAUAAAACUUAAAAUAGCAGAGAUGUAAAUUAAAGGCACAUGUAUGCCUAUUGCGAUUCUGGAUCAGGACACUACCAUGUUAACUGGCACUACAAAAGACCCAAACUACUGCCAGAUAGCAAUUUACAUGAGAAACAAUUCUAUCUGAUAUUUGUAGCCACUAAAAGGUUUAAAGCCAAAGGGUGGGGAGGUUCUAAGAGUAAUUUUUCACUGGCUGAGUGAAACAAAAUAAGUGAAAAAUGUUUUUCUAACACACAGCUGGGACCUGGGUAUAGAUCAUGCAACCUGUGGGUAGGGCAGUUGUUUCUGUUGCGUUAGCCGUUGUCGACUUUCCUGCCCACUCACCCAAAGAUUUUUAAGUUUUUAUAUAAUGCCAGUAUAUUAUACAAGCCUUGAACUCUUUUCGUUACUUCCAGUCUUCAGCGUAAUGUUACUUGUGUUAGCUUUGAUUUUACAAUGAAGAUCAGGGGGUGGCAGUCAGCUUGACAUGGCUACCAAUGGUGUGUGAGAAAAGCUCUAAAUAUAUUUGCCCACAAGAUCUAGGAAUGCGUUCUUGUGAAUUGGGUUUUUGAACCUUCUUCAUUCCUGGUUGAUUAAAAGUUUCACUGAUUCAACUUUGAUCAUAUUUGGUAGUGAUGGUGCAUUAACGCCUUUGCAAAAGCAAAUUUACAACUCUUUCUUUCAUAACUUGGUCUAUAGUUAAAGGAUUUAUUUUACAGCAUGUAAAGAACACUAUUUUCUUGUGGGAAGCAUCUAGCCUGCUCAGGUAGUCAAACACAACACAUGAUUUGGCUGAUCUUGCCCCCUUGCAGAGCUAGCCAUAUAAUAAUAAUAAUUAACAGCCUGAGGUUAGCGGACACAAACCCCAAAUAAAUCAGAAACGUGGGCGGUUGGCGGACACACCUAGUGAAUGAAUUGGGGUGAUAGUGCACUCACCCAGAGAAUGAAGCCCCCCAACCUAGCUGCUUAGGUAGGUAAGAAUAAGGUGGGGUAAGGGACCCACCUAGCCUGAUGCAGGCGAUAGCUAAGUGGAAGGUGUGCACCCAGGCCAGUAGUCCAAGUUUAUUUAUAGGGAGGGGAGGGGGGGUAGAGGAGGGAAAGGAAACACUGUACACUAGCUGAGAAAAAAUAGCCGACGUGCCUAGCGUGCUACUGGUACAAAGACUGGUGUAGCAAAACAUGUUCAUGAGUACUGUUUGUUGACACUGGAUAUGCAGCAGAUAGUAAAACUGAUAACGUAAGAUGAGCAUACAAAAGUAAUGGAUAGGAUUAAUACCGUUGACAUGAGCCUUAAUUGUUGAACUACAGUUUGAUAUUAGUCGAAGAAAAUAAGCAUAGAGUUUAAAUGUAACAUGAACGGGUGUUUAAUGUUAAUGUACAUACAAGACUGAAUAUUGAAGUUCAUUUGUACCCUGUAUUAGAGACCUUUAGAUCCAUAUUUGCCACAAACGUAUAACUGUGGUUUGAGGCUAGACGUUUGUUGUGUGCUGAUUUAAAUUGAAGUAAAUGGGACUGAAUAAAAAUCAUCCUGUCAAUGCAAUGGAGAUUGUUAAAAUAAUGCCAAUUUUGAAAAAAUGGUUAUGUUUUUUUGGCACGUGUAGCUUUCUAAAAUAAAGCAGCAUAAAACACACAUUCAACUUACAUGUAUGCCACUAUUGGAUUUCCAGUUAGGAUCAGUGCCUUUCUACAAACAACAACCAAACGCUACCUAAUUGCUUCUUUGCCUGAAAAAUAUAACCAAUUUGUGGAAAAAAGGGUUACUUUAUUCAUUUUCAGUAUUUGUAUGUAGUAUAAAAUGAAAGUCAAGGUAAUAAAGCUUGAGGUAAAUGACUUUUGUGAAAACCUACCUCUUGAUGUUCAAAACAUGACACCUCUAAUAUCCUAAUCCUUCACUAAAAAUUAAGCCUGGUAAGAAUAUUGAUAUCAGGAAGGAGAACUUGUUUAGGAGUUUAUACUUUGGCCUCUAGGACUGAGAGUUUUCUGAAUCCAAAUGUAACGUUUUUCCACAAUAGUAUAUUUUAGGGAUAUCACAUUGUACACUUGAACUCAGUUAGCCCAAUGUAGCAUUACAGAAUCAAACAUAUGGUUUUUAAUUAGAGUCUUGCAUGUGGUAACUAUCAGUAGAUAUUACUCUAAGCCUCAUUUAGUAACGUUAAUAAAAAAAGAGAGCUUUGUAAUGUUUUAUUAACUUUAGGCAUGCAUAUUUGAAGCAUGAUGUUAGAGAUGGAUCCUACUAGAGCUGUAAUUCAUAAGCAGGGUGCAAAGAAAGUUGUGUCUAAUAGCCUGGGGUUGGUGGAUUUUGUAGUCGCGCUAGUUGAUUCUUUUAGACAAGUGAAGUUCUUGGAAAAAUGUUUUGAGGAAAUUCAAAUUACUGUAUUUACUUGAGUAAGCACCACGGCACUUAUUUUUCACACCUCAAAUGCAGCACUUAUUCAAGGGAGGCACUUACCGGUAUGUGAGGGCAGUGUUUAUUUAAAAAGUGAACAUGACAAAGAAGUUUUUUCUUUUAAUUCAAAGGUACAUUUUUAAUCUGUGAUGUGAGAAAAUAUAACAGUAAUGAACAGAAGCAUCUUUUUAUUUUCACCAUCUGUCCCUUUGCGCACUGUGUCUUCAGUCAACUUUACCAUUGAGUCAACUUGAUCAUUGGUGAAAAUAAAUUUCCAAUGCCGUGUUAGACUCCACUGUAGACCGGGCUGCAGUGCGUGCUCUGGGGCGGUGCUUAUUAACUUUUAUAUCCCAAAUGUGGUGGUUAUUUGAGGGUGGUGCUUAAUUGGGGAUGGUGCUUAUUUGAGUAAAUAUGGAACCUGUAGAACUAUUGUAAGAGAUCAACAUUUGGGGCGCUAGUGAGAAUGAAUUUCAGGCUAUUACAUCAUAGUUACAGCUUGCUGUUAGAGCAAGCCGGAAAAUUAUUUUUCUUUUCACCCUGAUAACUCUCCUUUACAGGAGGGAUUGAAUUUUUCAGUGGACACUAGGGAUAUCCAUGGUAUCCACUGUAUCAGAAUUACACUUAGUCUGACAUGUAUCAACUCCUUUCCGAGUUGUGGUAACCCUUACAUUUACAAUGUACAGCCUGGAUCAUGUGUACUACAGGCAUCCAUGGUUGAGUGUCCCUCAGUUGAUGCCCUUGGUUGACCCUUGAUCAAUACUGGAUUGAUACUCGGUCGACUUUUUGUCAACACCUCGGGGACUCUCGAUCAACACUGGAUCGACAUCUCAGUCAACAGUCUACUAAUUUUCGAUCAAUGCAUGAGCCGAUCGACACUCGGCCGACUAACGACUGACUGUUGAUCUAGUGUCAAUCAAGUGUUAAUCACUGAAGGUGUCAAUUGGGUGUUGACCAAGUAUCGAUCAGGAUGUCAAUCGAGUUUUCUUUGAGAUGUCAUUCGGAUGUCAAUCAUGGGUCGAUUGAGGGUAUCGAUCGACACUCGACUGAGCAUGUCUUUAGUACACAUGAUCAUAUAGCCUUACUUUAAUUUUACAAUUAUCCGAUACAAACAGUUUGUAGAAUGGUGGUGUACAUGAUUAUGUCUAAAGUUCUAAAAUUUGUACAUGUAACAUCCUUGUUGGCCAAAACAAUGUAUUCACUAGAGAGAAUUUGAAUAACUAAGUAGACUUUAAUAAAAUUUCAGGUCAUUAAUUUUGUUA